UGCAGUAAUUAUUUUGUUAUUGUUUUCAACAUACAUAAUCAUUUCGUUCGAGUGAUGUAUGUGGUAGCACGCGAAGUUAGUGGCGUGAAGAAUAGUUUAGAUCUUUACCUUUUUGUUUGGAUUUGGGCCCAUGCUAAUCGCCUUCUCCACAUCUGGACAAGCAGCAGAUGGCGAAUUCUCCAGGUUGAUAGAAGUUUAAUUCUGAACUACUGAAGUCAUCAUUUCGUCUCACCGACUACAAUUGUGGUAAUACGUCUCCUCCGCCUCCUCUGCAUCAGAAUUCGUUGUCAUUUGUCGCAUUCAGGAGAGUAUACUAGUACUCUCACCUGUCUUCAUUCUUGAGAACCUUUUCAAACGAGUGUGUACACAGUAGCCAGCAAAGCUAGUCUAAGUGCCUGCUGAUAGCUGCACAUUACAUGGUGCCUUUCUGCUGGAGGGUUGGUGAGGGUACGUGCCAGUUCUGCGAACGCUCACUCGUAACAUGGCAAUGUUGAGCGGCUGCUGUCUGCCUUGCAGCAAUGGCUGUCGUGCAGCCGUCGUCAGGAUGAUGAAUACGUAUGUGCAUAACAGUCAGCUACCACGGCUGAGUUUAGCGGGCAAAGUGCUGCCACCGGUAACCAAAUUCACGCCGGGCCAGCUGUUCAUCCAUAAGAAGCUUGGUUACUGUGGUGCCGUGCUGACGUCUUGGACGGCAAAGUACUUUGAGCAUCUGAACGGCCUGGCCGAGGCCUCACCCCGACCAGAAAUGGGUACCGAGCUGAGCGUACAGCGUCAACGACUAGUCGAUGCCAGUCCCAUUGCACACAGUGCUCGUAAACUUGAGCUGGACAGGGUGCGGCGCUUCUACACGGUAAUGGUAGACGAGCGUAACAUGCAGCUGAUUGACCCGCGAUUACAGUCGAAUAUCUUGAGUACAGAGCUAAAGCUGGAUUGUGUGGAUCACGAUGACAUCAUACCAAUCGAGAUGAUUGAUAGUCAGGGUCAUGAAACACCAGUGCUUACAGGCAUCUUAGAACAGCAGCCAUCAUUGUUCACGGCCGACCGGCACAAAAGCGCCGAUGGCCAUUCGGUGUCGUUAAUGCCGACCACGUUCUUGCAGGACUGGCUGGAUACUCACCAGCAGGCUAUGCCUUUCCAGUGCCAAGAAGUACACUUUGAGAUUACGGCUGGGUUCAAGGUCACGGUGAUGCCGUUCUAUUUCGGCAAGCAGUCCGACGACGACGGCGUGCAUCUGUGGAAGUACUGGUAUCGUAUCGAGUGUAUGGAUGCGUCCGGUCUAGCCAGCGGUGCUGACUUUGUCACGUUGCGUGAGCACCAUUGGAAUGCAGCGCAACUCUCGUCAGCAUCUUCACCGUCGGCAUCUUCACAGGACGAGCGCUCGAGUUGCAGCAGUCCCGACGCGCCGGUCUUCCGGUCGGCCGGCCGGCCUCAGGCCACCAAAGGCUUGUUCCACUCGGCGGACUAUCUAGAUCACGUCUAUCAGAACUGCAACACGGUUCGCUUGGAGAAAAGCGGCGGCGCGCUGUGGGGCUGGUUUCGCAUGGAGGCACGUGACGGUGUCUCGUUCAACUGUUUCAUGCCACAGUUCUCACUGGUAAUACCGGGCCAAGGUUCUAAAAAAAAGAAGUAGCUGUCUCUGUGUGCAUGGACGAGGUAAAGCCUGAGACUAUCCUAUUUAAAGUGUGUGCUUUUUCACCAAGACGACAAGAUUACACAACAAAACAUGGCAUAACGAAACACUAGAUCACACAGCACAAAUGCCCCAUGUGGCAGUAUUCUGAUAUAUCCUUCCCCUUUCCACUUGAGCUCAUACUAUUUUAUACCAUCCAGAUUCGUCAUGUUCAGUCACCUAUUCUAGGGUUAUUAUUAUUUUUGUUGUUUUCAAACUGCUACUGGUCCAUACUCAGGAUCGCUUUCAGCUUACUGUACUUCUUCUUGUUCCUAAUAUUAUUACGAACUUUAAUACAAAGUCACAUUCACAGGAUGA